AUGUGUGAGGUUUCGCUAUCCCCACUCAACGCGUCUAUGUGUCUGGCAAAGUCAAAACCAACCCAUCUGUGAGGUUUCAGUAUGUAGCUAUCCCCACGCAGCGCGUCUAUGUUCAAAACCAACCCAUCUGUGAGGUUUCAGUAUGUAGCUAUCCUCACUCAACACGUCUAUGUGUCCGGCAGUCUCCAUCACAAAUCACCUGUGAGGUUCAAUAUCCUCAUUCAACGCGUCUAUGUGUCCGGCGCUCCAACAACACUCAACCCGUGGGGUUUCAGUAUGCAGCUAUCCCCACUCAACCCGUCCAUGUGUCUGGCAAUCUCAAACCUCACUCAACCCUUGGGGUUUCAGUAUACAGCUAUAACCACUCAUCACGUCUAUGUGUCCGGUAAUCUCCUACAUCACUCGACCUGUGAGGUUUCCGUAAGCUACCCUCACUCCACGCAUCCAUGCGUCACGCGCCUUUGGUAGCGCAUACUAUGGGGGCAUUAUUUGGGGUGGCGUGUUUGACAGCGCUUUGCCAAAAGCGCCAACCCACUUAAGUUUAGAAAGGGGGGGUCGCCCGGGCGGUCGGUGGGGCGGCUUGUUUUACAACGUCGUUGCCAAGCGACGAAAACCCAACCCCGAUGACAAACACCGGGGGGGGCGGCUUGUUUUACAANCGGGCGGUCGGUGGGGCGGCUUGUUUUACAACGUCGUUGCCAAGCGACGAAAACCCAACCCCGAUGAAAAACACCGGGGGGGGGAGCAGCCGGGGGGGGGUAAAGGUGGUGUGGACCCAUGGACGGCAUGGCGCCAGGGAGGGAGGACACGCCGCCUGGCUCAGGCCGGACUCGUACCAGGACGUCAGCGACGUGGUCGCCGAAUACGCCGCGCGAACCCUACGCGGCAGCUUUGGAAUCGGGGCGGUCGGAGGCGUCUCUGUCGGAGUUGUGUCUUGGAACGGAGUUGGCAAAACCCUCGUCGUGACCAACAUGCCGCACGCCAGCUACCCUCUUGCGGUGACCCACGCCGGCGAUGCUUGUGGAACAUCGGGGCUCAGCGCGUCCCUUCACUUCGUGGGCGCCAAUACCGCGGUCAUUCUUGCGAUUGCGUCCCUCCUCGGAACACCCCUCCCGCGCUCGCUCGAGGAAUCCUGUGCCGGUUGGCUCCUGCUUGGAGAUGGCGAGGUGGUGGAUGGAGCACGUAAAUCAUGGGCACCAUAGGAGGUACCACCAGCCCAAAGCGCUAUGGUCGAUGACGGGACCGGAACGGGCGGAAAGGUCAAGCGCGCCGUCAAGAACGGUGUUGCUCCUGCCGCUGUUUUGUUGUUGCGCAUCUGCCCCCCGCCCGCGUACUGCGCCUAUUAUUGAUGACAUUCACCGCCAUCUGGCUAAAUCCCAUUGAUGUUGUUGAUUGGCUGUUGUUGAUGUUGCUGUCAAUGGUGGUGGUGGUUGUUGUUGCUGCUGCUUUUCUUGCUGGUGAGCUUGAUGGUAUUUUGUACAGUCGAUCUCGCGAACAAAGACCAUAUAUACGAUUUCUCGCUGUGUGGAAAAGAGGGUUUCGUCCUAGACAGACGUUGUCGUCUCGAUAGACGUUGGGGAGUUUCAACCUUUAUGAAGGUGUUCUCCACAUUACCCCCCCCUUUUUCGAGGCUUCUUCUUGUUUGCUAGGCAAGAAAAGUCUUCUUGGGGUAACCGGAACCCGACCGGCUGGCGGCGAGUAGAACCACCUUUUUCCCAACAAUCUUCUGUGCGUGUUGCGGGUGCGCCACUUCCGCCACGCAUUGCCAGAAGUUUCGAGUUCGAUAGACAGUGCAUCGUUUCUUGGCCCACCCACCGUUUUUCUUUUUCCGUACUCCGGAAGAAAAUUAGGUAAGCAGCGGGUUUUAAACCCGUGUCUUUUGCAACCAAAAGCAGACACUUGACAUCUCUUCGUCGACGCGAUUGUGAAAAAGAGGGUUUCGUCCUCGACAGACGUCGGGGAGUUUCAACCUUUAUGAAGGUGUU